CAACGGAACUGUCAACUGUCCGCGUUGCUUUUGUUUUGGUGGAACCGCUGAGUUUGCGGCGUGAACGCAGAUCCUUUUCCCUCGUUUUCCGGCCGGCCCACUGGCCAAAGUAUCCUUGCUGUGCGAAAAUGAUUAUUCCGGUGCGCUGUUUUACCUGCGGAAAGGUGAUAGGCAACAAAUGGGAAGCCUACUUGGGAUUGCUGCAAGCCGAGUACACGGAAGGUGAUGCCCUCGAUGCGCUAGGAUUGAAAAGGUACUGCUGCCGACGGAUGCUGCUCGGACAUGUGGAUCUCAUCGAGAAACUACUGAACUACGCACCGCUGGAGAAGUAAAACCAUGCAGGCAACAGGAAGGCGCGUGGCCGUUUUUUUUAGCUUAAACAGAAACAUAAAAUUAAUGCGUUAAUGUAAGACGAUGAUCGGUGCGAUGUAAUAAAAAUCCUAUAUUUGAACAUUUGCAUCCAUUAUA